AUGUCAAAUAAGGAAGCUAGUAAAGUCUAUGAAAUCAUUGUAAACAAUGUUAUCUCUGACGUUAGAGAAGAAUUCGAAAAUGUAGGUAUUGACGAACAAACCCUUCAAGAUUUGAGAAGAGUCUGGAGAGAAAAACUUUCAGAAGUUAAAACUACAACUUUGUCAUGGGAUAAUGCUCCGAUGGAUAAUAUACAACAGCAAAUACAAGAUCAAGCCCAAUUAGCUAAGGAUGGUGGAGAGAUAACAGUGAAAUCAGAAACACAAGGGUUGGUCCUACCGGGUCUGGACCCAAGUUCAACUACUACAACUAAUGGCAUACAACAAAAUACAAAUAAAAGUGAAGUACCCUCUGUUGUGAAGACGGAAGAGGGGCAUCAAGAAAUCAAAGCAGAAGAAAAUAUAGAGGAUCCAAAUAAAUUGGAGAAGGGACAACAAUUUGAACUGGAGAUUGAAACUCAACUGAACCCAAUGAGUUCAACUACUUCACUAGAUGGAGACCUUAAAGUUUCUGAUGAAAAAGAGAAAGCCCAAAAAACAAAGAGAAGUGCAUUAUUAGAUACAGAUGAAGUUGGAUCCGAACUAGACGAUUCAGAUGAUGAUUAUUUGAUUUCAGAGGGUGAAGAUGAAGGUCCUGAUGAAAAUCUAUUGCUAUGUCUUUACGAAAAAGUUACGAGAACAAAAGCAAGAUGGAAGUGUUCUUUAAAAGAUGGUAUCGCUACUAUUAAUCGUCGUGACUAUACUUUUCAAAAAGCUCAUGUAGAAGCAGAAUGGGUCUAA